AUGGUGAUUUUAAACCGAGCCGGGCUCACCCCGAAUAAGGCCACUAAGAACCAGGGAGGCCUGCCAGAGGAAUUGAAAAGUCUUAUUGGAACAGUAAAGGGUCAGUUAUAUGGCAGGAAUAAUUGAGGACUCGCAACCUCCAAGGGGAAAACAAUCUGCAAGGGAACUUUUUCUUGUAUUUUAGUAGCCUUUGUAGCAGGCGCCGGUUAUUAAUUAUUUAACAGGCCGCUCGAGGAGAACACUCAAAGGGGAGAGGAAACCUCCUCUCCUUUUCUCCCCUCGCACGUCCUCAAGAUUUCUUCCUUCGCCUUUAAAAUACCGGCGCCUAGUAUUUUAGAGUGUAGUCUUACAGUUGAAAUGGAGCUGCAGGCAUGUUCUAGACCUCUUUGUACCUUAGGGAGGUUGGGGAGAGAGAAAAAAGAAAGCUUGCGGGGACUAUGGGAAGGGGAGGAAAUAAAGAGAGGCACCCGCCCUUUCCUCUUCCCAUCAUCCCCUGCACGCUUGCCUUUUUAAAAUUUUUUUAAAUAUAUAUUUGGAUCCCAGCGAUGGCCUAUUUGAAUAAGAGACGGACAAGCGAAUGCUUUGCGCCCGGGGUACCCCCGUAUGAAAGGGAGAAGGAUGCUUUUCGUAAAGCUUUCAAUGUAUGUAUGGCUGGCUAAAUUUGUGUUUUAUGCGGGGAAGAGGUACCAGUUUAUGAUCACAAGAUGUUCAAAACUAGUAGUAAAGAAAAUAAAUAUGGAUUAAUUUGACUUCGAGUUAUAUGUGUCUUUGUUUCUUUUUGCAUUGGCUUACUGGCGUCACCUAAAUCUCUACAAUUGUUGCGUGUGCGCAUGCAACAACUGAAUCCUGUAAUAUGAGUAAACAAACUAGGGGAACUACUCCCACGCUCGUGCCGCCCGUCUGUAGUGCUCUUUGCAUCCAUUGCGGACCUUAUUGCGGACCCAACACAUCCCUGUCCGCGAAAACCUGGUGCUAGUCGGUUGUGGGAACGCCUUGCGAGUUUUGCAAACAAACAUGGAUUCCUUUCAAGCCAGGGACAAGAAAUGGCUGGGAGUGGAGACUCUUUUACGCGAUUUACUAAACCUUAUCGAUGAUCGUGACUCUGCAGAUGUCUUAUUUCUUGUUGGGCAAGAUGAGGUUGCAGUAUAUGCCCACAGACUGAUGCUGGUAGCUCGUUGUAAGCAUUUCCGUAAUCGCCAAAGAGAGCUAUGGUCCUCGAAGUCAGUUCAUUCGCAGCUGACCGUGAGAAAACCCGAUUUCAGACCCGAUGUUUUCCGUGAAGUGCUCACGUUUGUUUACACUGGAAAGGUAACUCUGCCGUAAUCUAGUUUUUGAAAGCUAACCGUGGAUUCGAUCUGUUUGUUUUUCGGCAGAUCAUGCUGCUAUCUUUUAAUUGUACAAGUUUAAUAUAUAUAAGUACUGCUUGCUUUGUAGAUAGUUUAAAAUUUGUCUAAUUCUACAAUAAAAGGGAAAAAAAGCAAAUAAAAAACCUGGACACCUGGGCAUUGGGCCGGGUUGUUUAAAGCAGAGUUCAGAUAAACCAGUGUCAAAUUUGAACUCAGAUAUGAAAGCCAAAAGCAAAUUCAUUUUAAUUCUUUUUAUCUAUAAUUUAAUGAUAAGGUUAUUGUAAAUCGGCCUUUGAACAACUGUGCCCUGAAAUAUUUCAGGAAUGUUUAUGUUGUUGUGGCCAAUGGUAACAAAGUUCAGGAAAUGCCUUUUCUUUGGGUACCAGGUUGAGCUUCAUAGCCGUACAGCUUUCGAGAUGCUAAGGAUUGCUGAGGACCUGGAAAUAACUGACCUACAGUUAGCUUGUGAACAGUAUUUCAUGGACAAUCUAAGUGUAGACAAUGCAGCAGAGUUUUUAGCAGAUGCCCUGUCUCUUGCAAAAGGUGCCGGAGCAGGGAGCAUGUCUUCUCUUGUGAACAAAUGUAUUGGAUUCAUGGAAGAGAAUGCUGAGGAGGUGAUACAUACUGAAGGGUUUCUUCAACUUCCAAAGGCAGCCAUGAUUAGACUUGUGUCCAGUGAUCAGGUAUAGAUAAACUCAGAGCUCGAAAAAAACUUGAAUUCCAGGUUGUUCUUUGAGCAAGCAACUCUCACAUUUUGCUUGCCUGGGGCCAUUUCUUGCUUGUCUUAGUUAACGAUUUAGUUAGCAGAUGACCUGCUUAGACCCUUGCCCAUUGGGCAGGUGACUUUAAAGGUUACUUGCCCCUGAAGAAAAUCUGCUUUUCCCAGACGACCGGACGGAACUUUUUUCACUAAAUUACUUGAUUAGAUCGUAUCAAAUCAUCAUCUGAACCUCUGUGUGGGUACCUGUGAGAGUAGAUAUUUCACUCUUUUAGAAUAAGACCUCCAUUAGGAGAUUACAAAUUUCAAUUUACCAUUGGUUGCAUCUAAGCGUGGACAGGAGACAAAAAAACAUCUUCUAAUAGGUGCCAGACAUGACGUGUUUUACCAUCAAACAUUUGAAGUUUGACAGCCAUUUUAACGACUGCUUUAAAAAGCAAACUGUCACACAAAAAGUAAGUUGUUUACUGGUAUAUGUUUUUGAUCAGUGCAUUGACUGCUCAUAUUUCAUUUUUCUUAACUCUCAGGCAUAUUUCUGACUCAGAAACAGCGCAAUUACCUUCUUAACAUCUAAAAAUUCUUGCAAAGAAUAUUUUGUUGAGUGAAAACAAUUCAAGUCGACAACAGUUGGGUACUCCAAGCUUUGAAUAAUUAUGUUUGGCAGCAAAACAUGUCAUGUUUGCACCCAAUUGGAACAUGUUUUUUCCUCACAUGUACGUGCUUAGAUGCAACCGACAGUAUUUUGAUUGUGGAACUUUGACCUGAUAGUUUGACGUGAGGUGUCCUUAUUUUUUAACCACACAGUUUGCAGUCUCAGAGGAGGAGCUUUGGCGGGCUGUCCUAUCAUGGGCAAAAAGAAGUUCAGGUGUAAGCAAACCAACCAAUCAGUGGACAGAAAAGGACAAUGAUAAGAUAAGAGAGGUAAGGUGUAACAAACAUGUAAGAAAUGGUGAUAUUUAGCUUAUCUAAUGUUAAUAGCUUCCAUUGACAGCUUUUAUAUUUUUAUUAAAAAAUAUUGUUCCUUGUUGUCACUAUAUCAUUUAGUUGUUGAUAGGUAUAUUUUACUUUGAUUUGAAUCAUGUCUGGACAUAAAAAUAGCAGAUGUUAGAAAUGUUUUCUUGCUAGUGACUAGUAUGGUGAAAUAUUGGUGACUGGUGACUAAUGAAUUUUUUUAAAACCUGAAUCAUUGGAUAAUCCCUGGAUAAUGUAAUUCUAGAGCUCUGAUUGGCCGAGCCAUCAUGGUAUAUGAGCCAUUAAACCUGAUGCUUUCCAAAAUGGUAACUGUAUGCGUCUGCUCAAAAUUAAAAACAAGCUGAAAAUCGUUUUUUUUUUACAAAUCAAGUCGGGAAGAAUUCUCAAUAUUUUGUGAGCAUUUUAAAUAAAAUGAUUAUUCCACUCACACUUGUUGGAUAUGAGAUAAUUAUAGCCAACUUAUAUCUAAUGCGCACUCAUGGAAUAAUAAUUUAUUGUUAAUUAUAAACCUAUGCCAGUUGCUCAGUCAUUGAAGUAAAGCACAUCACCCCUUAAGGUUAAAUUUUUGUUCUUGUAUUCAUUCCUCUUAAGGCUCUGUCUGGAGUGAUUGAACACAUCAAGUUACUGUUGAUUGACAGUUCUGUUUAUGCCGAGGAGGUGGAACCUACAGGUGUUGUUCCAAUGGAGGUGUCAUUGGAGAGGUAAUUAUUCCCAAGUCGUGAUUGNGGUUAAAUUUUUGUUCUUGUAUUCAUUCCUCUUAAGGCUCUGUCUGGAGUGAUUGAACACAUCAAGUUACUGUUGAUUGACAGUUCUGUUUAUGCCGAGGAGGUGGAACCUACAGGUGUUGUUCCAAUGGAGGUGUCAUUGGAGAGGUAAUUAUUCCCAAGUCGUGAUUGCAUCUUUAUUGUUUUACCCCAGCUGAGCCGAAGACACACUUACCUAGUGGGGAGGGCAUGAGUGGGACUCAUGGGUACCAUGUAAGGUGCCCUCCCCACCCUACCCAAGGUUUAUCACUGCCAGAGAUUAUACUAAGUCCCGAGUAGUUCCUUUUACAUCCUACUAGUUUCAGUUCAUUGAAAGAGUCAAUGCAAUUUCUAAUGAAAUCAUUCAGAGCACACCUUGCAUUGAUAGAAAUUUUGAGUAAAAAAAUAAUGAGCUCUUUUUCCUUUUCCAGGUAUCGAUUUGCAGCAGUCCCCGGUCACUUCAAGAGAGCUGAAGAUCCUCGUUUGAGGCCCAGAGCAUCUCACAAGUUGUUUCAUAACACAAGUCUCUUGUCCAAGGAUCAUCUGAAGUUUCAAACUGUGUUGAAUGUUUGGUUUGGGAAUGAGCAGCAGGAAUGGCAGCUGCUUUAUAGAGCUUCAAAAGAUGGAUUCUCAGCUGCGUCAUUUCAUACAAAGUGUGACGGCCAUUCACCAACCCUAACUGUUGUUUUAGUAAGUAAAAUCUGGAGGGCACCCAUUGUGGAAACUAACUGGCCUGUGAGCAAGCUCUUUAGUGUGUUCUGGCGGCAGGGCGGGAAAAGGAAGAAGAGCUUGCAACUCUGGAAUUUAAAUAUCUGCAUUGAAAAAGUCAAUGUGAAAUGUUGAUUGGCAGAGAUGACACAAGUAAUGACAUCAUUACUCUUAGCAUGUGAUUUUUUUUAAUGGUUGUUUACAUUCGCACUCGUUUCCGCUUCGUGCUGAUUGGCAGCAAUCUGACAGCUAAGUCGAUGGGGAGCCACAGGGGAAUUGGAGGUGGAAUUCAAAUUCCAGACAUGUAGUUGCAAGCUCUCCUUCCUUUUCCCAUCCUACUGCCAGAGUGCCCCAGAGAGGUCGCUCGCAGGCUAUGUUCCAAGUGAUUUCUAUGUCAUUUUUUUGUUUAAAAUAGCCUUACCUCUCACUGCUAAAAACUGGUGGUAAACAUCAGGAAUCAAAGAUGCAUCAUAUACAGGGUGUCCCAAAAGUUUGUUCCUCUUAUUUCAUGCACUAUAACUUUUGUACUUUUUACAUCUAUCUUGAUUUUUGUUGAUGAUCAACUGUUAUCAGGGUACAAAUGGGAAUCUGUGUGGAGGAUUCAGUGACCAACCGUGGCGCAGUGAUAUUCCACGUGGAACUUACAUGCCUUCUAAUAGGUCGGAAAGAAUUAAUAUCUUCAAUCUUGUGCAUGUUUGUUAUCAUCAUCAUCUUCAUCAUUGCUAUUAUUUUUUGGAAGUUCUUUCCUCAGCUCUCCUUCUAAUGGGUGUUGCUGUAAGCAACAUAAUCCUAUCAGCAACUCAGCAUAUGGAUGUGCAUUAUAUCCGUGUAGGGUGUGUGAAUACACCUCCAAUGUUUUGUAAACUGGUUAAGACUUUUAAAACUUCUAGACUGAGGCUAGUUUCAGUUAAUGAGCACGAUUAGUUACACCCAAAAGACAAAUGAAGUAUAUGCCGACACUCAAAACUGCAUGCUACUCUGAAGAAACUGUUGAAUUUAAUGUGUUAUAAAUUUUUUUUUUUUUGGGGGGGGGGGGGGGUCCAUUGUUUGCACAAUUUAAAUCAUGACACUAAUAUCAUUUAUUAUGAUUAUUAUGACAACCAUAAUGAUAAUGUGGCCAUGUAAUGUUCUAUUUAUUAUAUAAACACCAAUGAAAUACCAAACCAUUUCUCUUUAAUAGUUUUUUGGUGUGAAAGGCGCGAUUCAUCAUGUGGCCAUAGCUACGGUGAUAUUUUCACAUGUGAAGAUAACAUGUUAUUUUCACAUGUGACGAUAGCAAGUUUUCGUGCGAAAGCUCACCUGGUAUUUCAUUGGUGUUUAUAUAAUGCUAAUAAUUAUCAAACCCCACCUGCUUCUGCUGCUAAGAAUGAUGGUGUUGUUAAUAUUUCAUCUUUUAUCUUGACAGGUGUUUCCUGUUUNUGUCCCAAAAGUUUGUUCCUCUUAUUUCAUGCACUAUAACUUUUGUACUUUUUACAUCUAUCUUGAUUUUUGUUGAUGAUCAACUGUUAUCAGGGUACAAAUGGGAAUCUGUGUGGAGGAUUCAGUGACCAACCGUGGCGCAGUGAUAUUCCACGUGGAACUUACAUGCCUUCUAAUAGGUAGGAAAGAAUUAAUAUCUUCAAUCUUGUGCAUGUUUGUUAUCAUCAUCAUCUUCAUCAUUGCUAUUAUUUUUUGGAAGUUCUUUCCUCAGCUCUCCUUCUAAUGGGUGUUGCUGUAAGCAACAUAAUCCUAUCAGCAACUCAGCAUAUGGAUGUGCAUUAUAUCCGUGUAGGGUGUGUGAAUACACCUCCAAUGUUUUGUAAACUGGUUAAGACUUUUAAAACUUCUAGACUGAGGCUAGUUUCAGUUAAUGAGCACGAUUAGUUACACCCAAAAGACAAAUGAAGUAUAUGCCGACACUCAAAACUGCAUGCUACUCUGAAGAAACUGUUGAAUUUAAUGUGUUAUAAAUUUUUUUUUUUUUGGGGGGGGGAGGGGGUCCAUUGUUUGCACAAUUUAAAUCAUGACACUAAUAUCAUUUAUUAUGAUUAUUAUGACAACCAUAAUGAUAAUGUGGCCAUGUAAUGUUCUAUUUAUUAUAUAAACACCAAUGAAAUACCAAACCAUUUCUCUUUAAUAGUUUUUUGGUGUGAAAGGCGCGAUUCAUCAUGUGGCCAUAGCUACGGUGAUAUUUUCACAUGUGAAGAUAACAUGUUAUUUUCACAUGUGACGAUAGCAAGUUUUCGUGCGAAAGCUCACCUGGUAUUUCAUUGGUGUUUAUAUAAUGCUAAUAAUUAUCAAACCCCACCUGCUUCUGCUGCUAAGAAUGAUGGUGUUGUUAAUAUUUCAUCUUUUAUCUUGACAGGUGUUUCCUGUUUACAUUGGUCAACUCUGAAGGUGUCCCUCCAAGCAAGUUUGAUUUAGUGAACCCAAAGUAUGCCACCCUUCAUCAUCCAAGGUUUGUCGUCAGGAAGAUUAUAUGGGCGGGAGUGAAUUUAUUUUUGAAUUCUCAAAAUGAAACAAAAAUGUACAAUAAAUCGUAAUUGUGUUUUAAUUCCAUGCACCAACCGGUGACUAAAUGUGCUAUGUAUCCCCUAUCAACACAGGACUAAAUUGUAAACAUGCGCUUCUAACUUUUGCUUCUGUGGAUGAAGUCGACUGGUUAGAAUACCAACUCUUUGUUAGCUCUGGGCUGUAUCUAAAGAAAAAUAAGACAGUUAGCAGUCCAGGAGAGAUUAUUACUAGAGUAAUACCUCUUCACCCUCCUUCACAGUCAUAACUGCUGCUUGUAUAUGGAAUAUGAGAAUGGAUAGUCCUUUGGUGUUACUUUUCCUAUAAAACCUCAUCAAUCCAGGGGCCAAUUUAAUAAAACUUUCACAAGGGUAGUUUACAAUAGCGUAGCUAUUGUUUUUAAACUCUAAAAAAAUGGCUAUACUUGUGAAUAAUACACUUGUAAAAGUUUUUUUCUAAAUUGACCUCAGUGUAUUGCAUGCUAGUUUAGCAUCUUGCAAUUUAAAUUUGAGACAUUUGAAUUUGAGAGCUGGUUAAGAACAACACAUAUGUGUGCUGGUUUCUCCGUUGUAGGUAUGGUCCCAUGUUUGGUGCUGGUGCUGAUCUGUGUAUAAGUGAUGAGUGCAAUGAGAGGCCUGAGUCCUACUCUAAUUUGCCUCACUCCUAUGAUGGGCCCCAGGCCUCUACAAGCAUUCUCAUGGGGGACUACAAUUUUACAGUAGAGGACUAUGAAGUAUUUGGUCUGAAGAAAGAAUCAUUAUAUGAGAGAGUAUAA